AUGGAUAAGGCAAAGGCAGCUAUCACCGACUUCAUGGGCCGCUCCGGUCACCAUGACACCACUGUCCACGAGGCAGUUGCUCCCGCUGUCCAGCAUGAGGUCAUCAAGCCUCACGUUCACGAGGAGGUCAACACCGCCAUUGACAAGGAAGUCCACCAGGACCACUACCACCGCACUGUCCAGCCCGUCCAGGACCGUGAGGUUCUGCCAGAACAGCACACUGCUAAGCUCGGAGCUGUUCAGCACCGCGAGUUCGACCACCGCGAUGCCGACGCCACUAAGAGGGCUUUGAUCGAUGACCAGGCUCGCUUCGCUGACGAGCGCCGCAUUGAGGACACCACCCAUAGCCAGAGUGUUGCCCCCACUGUUGGCGGAGAGCACGUCCACCACCACAUCCACGAGACCAUCCAGCCCGUUGUCCAGAAGGAGACCAUCCAGCCCAACGUCGUCCACACGACCGUUCCUAUCCAUGAGGUUCACCAUAACAAGGCUACCCACCAUGAGACUACUGCUCUCCCAGCCAUGACUAUGGAGCAGUUCAAGGCUAAGGGUGGUGCCCUUACUGGCCGCGAGGAGCGCUACGACGAGUUUGAGGGUGUCCCCAAGAACAUUGGCGGUGCCGGUGGCAUUGGAUCCGCCGCUGGUCUUACCCACAAGACUGGUACCCACAGUCACGAGCACGCCAGCCACGGCGACUACAACGCUGCCCCCAACCACCACUCCGGCACCAGCAACCCCCUCGACCGCAACAACGACGGCAAGGUCUCCGCCAAGGACUUAACUGGCAGCCACUCCAACACCGCUCACACUGACCGCGGUAUGGCUGGCCAGGGCAACCUGACCGGUUCUUCCACUCAGGGAGGUGUUGUCGGCCAUGGUGCUGACCGCAACCACGACGGCAAGAUCGACAGCCACGACCUUCACGACCCCGCCCGCAGCCACAACGAGGGCGCUACAGGUACGAAAGACCCCAGCGGACAUGUUGUCGGCGGUACCGAUAAGGGCAACUUGGAGCAUCGUCCCAACGAAGAUGGUAGCUUGCCCAAGGCCCUUACCGAAGACAAGUCCAGAGCCAAGCCUUCUCUCAUGGACAAGCUCAACCCCAAGGUUGAUGCCGACGGCGAUGGCAAGGCCGGCUUCAUGAAAUAG